AACGUAAUCUCUACGAUUGAUUACGUGCGUAUAAAAUUGAUGUCCUGUUAUUUCUACCUCAAUUGCCAAAAUGAAGUUUUCAGUGCUUGCAAGUUUGGUCCUUUUAUAUUCUUGCUGUACAAUUGCAGGUGCGGCUAUAAUAACUAGGGCAAGUGAAGAAGAUGUGACCUAUGUGUUCUACAGUAGAUCCGUUUUUGAUGGAAUAGAAGUCACCAUUAAAGAAGUAGAUGACGUUGAGCAUAUUAAGACUGUGUUUGAUCCCGAGCAUCCCACAAUUGUUCUUAUUCAUGGUUGGAAAGACGGCUAUGCUGCUAAUUCAAACACUUACAUCAGAAGUGCCAUUUUAUCCCACUUGGAUGCAAACGUGAUUAAAGUCGACUGGAGUAAACUUGCCGGAAAAAUAUAUUUGGUUGCUAAAAAUGCUGUUCCAUCUGUCGGUAAAUACGCUGCACAUUUUCUUCAAGAACUAACAGAGGAAUUUGAUUAUUCUUUGAAGAACGUCACCCUAGUAGGCUUUUCCUUGGGUGCCCAUGUUGCAGGAAACAUUGGUAAAACCUUAAAAGGCGAGUUUCCACUGAUUAUUGGUCUUGAUCCAGCGGGUCCUUUGAUCAGCUCAAAAAAUAAGGCCUACUCUCUGUGUACUGAUGAUGCUGAUUAUGUCGAAAUCAUUCACAGUGAUGCUGGAAGUGCAGGCAUGAAGGAUGCUAUUGGACACAGCGACUUUUAUCCAAACGGAGGAAAAAAUCAACCUGGGUGCAGUGGAGUUGGAUGCAGUCAUAAUAGAGCUUGGGAAUACUACGCUGAGUCUAUUACUGAUAAUAAAUUUGUUGCUCAAAAUUGUAAUAGUUAUAGAGAUUUUACUAAGAAGAGGUGUGAAGGAUCGUAUGCUUACAUGGGAGGAUUUACCGUGGAUAAAACGGUUAGCGGAGUCUAUUAUUUAGAUACUAAUUCUGAGGCACCAUAUGGACAAGGCUAAUUAGAAAAUGUGUGUGUAUACAACAAUCACUAAAAAUGUUCUAUUUUGAAAGAAAUAAAUAUUUUUACAAGCUGA